CCCAAAUAAAAAGUCAAACAAUACUUCUCCAUAUAACUCCCUAGAUGUUGUCUGUACAAAACAAAAAGUUCACACCCAAACAAGCCUUAAUCCGUUUUUAGAUCAUAAAAUUGAAAAUGCACUUCCACCACUUCUACACAUUCCUCAUCAUCUUCAUCACCUCCCUUUCCACCACCUUCUCACAACCUCACCACUACCUCAAACCACCUUCCUCCGCCGUCAAUGUCACCCCUCAAGAAUCCAUUGAGCUAACUCUGCCUCUCUCCACCGCCCGCCUCCCACUACCCCCACCAGAAUGUACACUCUAUCUCCUCGAAAACUCCUUCGCUUACACCUACUCUCAACCCCCCUACACCGUGCUCUACUCGCCGCCUGUCGACUGCCCUCCGCCAUGGUCUCACGCAGUUCUUCAAUUAUCCGGCGAGAUUGCCGGCAAUCAGUACGAUCGUAUCGCCGGAGUUUGGCUUUCCGGUGUCGAAAUACUCCGGACUAGCACCCCUGAGCCUUCUGACAAUGGAAGUUUCUGGUAUGUUGAGAAGGAUGUUACUAAAUAUUCCUCUGUUCUUGAACAAUCUAACAUUUCUCUUUCUAUGAUGCUUGAGAAUUUAAUCAAUGAUGAAUUUACUGGUAUUUACAAUGUUAGUCUUAGUAUGUUGUUUUACAAAGACGAUGUGAUUGAGAAAAUUGGGGGUCGGAAAUUAGGGCUUGGUUCUGGGUCAGGGUUAGGGUUAGCUUCUGAAUCAGGGGUUUAUGAAGAACCAGCUGAUUUAGUGAUUCCUGUGGGUAGUGAAGGAAGUCAUGGGUAUUGGUUUAGAAUUGAGAAUGAAUCUGAAAAGGGUAUUAGGGAGAUUGCGAUUCCGAUGAAUGCUCGAAAAGUAGUGCUUGAAUUGUAUGUUUCAUAUCAUGGGGAUGAUGAGUUUUGGUACUCGAAUCCUCCUACUGAAUACAUUGAGAUGAAUAAUUUGGAUUCAAGUCGAGGGAAUGGUGCUUAUAGGGAGGUUUUUGUUAAGAUUGAUGGGAAUUUGGUAGGUUUUGAGGUGCCAUUUCCGGUCAUAUUCACCGGCGGAAUUAAUCCGUUAUCGUGGGAUCCAAUUGUUGCAAUCGGGGCAUUUGAUUUACCUUCAUAUGAUUUCGAGUUGACUCCGUAUUUGGGAUCGCUUUUGGAUGGGAAAAGUCAUACAUUUGAGCUUGGGGUAGCUAAUUCGAUUAGUUUCUGGUUGGUUGAUGCGAAUUUGCAUGUUUGGGUGGAUGAGAAUUCAGCUGAGGUUGUGGCAAUGACGGGUGUAAGCGAGCCAUCUGAAUAUGAAGAAUCGCGGGAGUACAAGUUCAAGCAAUUGGAUGGAUCAUUUGAGAUUGAAGCUGAGAGAAAGAGUCAAUCUUCUGGAUGGGUUAAUUGCAGUAUGGGUAAUUUCACCACAACUGUAACCCGGAAAAUGGAAUUCGAGAAUUCAGUCGAGUUUCAAGGAGCUGGUACACAGAAGACUGUUGAACAAAAAGUCAAGGUGAAAACAGAAGUCACGGUUGUAGCAGAAAACGGUACAGUGAUCUCUUCAACAACUUCAAAACGAGAGUAUCCACUUAAACUAUCAACUUCAACAACUCCUGGACCGGAAAUAGACACAAACGUGAUGACUACAACCAUAUCAAACGAAUUUAAAGAGAAAUCCUCUGAUGGAAAUACGAAGACAACGAUUCAAAACAGUCAAGAGUCGGAGGGUUCAAUGCUGGUAAAGGGUCAUUCAGUUCUUUCCGGUAGAGCUGUAACUCGUCAAACUUUGAGCUCUAAGGGUAAAUCAAGCUGCUUUUCAAGGACUGCUGAAGCAGUUGAUGGACAGCUUCUAAGAGAUGAAUCAAUCGUGGCUUGCUCUUCUCUCAAUGAAGAUCACCAUAAACUGUUGAGUUCUUGGUAGACUUACUCAACUCUUGAUUUUGCAUGUUUGUCAAAGAUUCCAACGCUUUGCUGUUACAGAACAAUAAUGCAUCAUGUGGCCGGCCAGUGCUUAGUUUAUGUUCUUAAUUUAUGCACAAAUGGCAGCAUGACUUGUCUUUUUUUUUUUUGUAAAUUGUUAUUUCUGUUUGUUUGUAUGUGUGUAGUGUUCUACUGUUGUUGUAUUCUCCUGAACUUGUCUGGUAAAUGUUCCCGUAUACGGAUAUACUUGAGAUUUUGUCAGUUUGAGGGAUCAAGUUUAAUUCAGGCAUCUGUUGCCAUUGCUGUU